CCCAAGUAAAGGGUCACAUCCCAUGUUUCGUCCGUCACCAGCUUUGAUCCUUCCUUCAAUCUGUUAUUACAAUAAUAGCUUUUAGUAGUGGAUCCUUCAACCUUGAUACUCCAUUAGUAAAGACGAAUGGCAACUGCUGAUCCAAACUUUAUCCACUUAUCCUCACCUCAAAAGGAAAAUGGUGUCUCAGAGUCUCCAGGACAGCUUGAUGCAGGAGCUCUUUUCGUCCUCAAAUCACGAGGUUCUUGGUUGCACUCUGGGUAUCACUUGACCACCUCAAUUGUUGGCCCUGUUAUUUUUAGUUUCCCCUUUGCUCUGUCCUUACUAGGCUGGGCACCUGGACUUCUCAUCACAACUCUUCAAGCUCUCAUCACUUUUUACUCCUACAACCUUCUCUCCGUGAUAUUGGACCAUCAUGCUCAGCUUGGGAAGCGACAACUUCGUUUUAGGGACAUGGCCAGAGACAUUCUUGGACCUAGAUGGGGCAAAUACUUUGUUGGUCCACUUCAAAUUGCAAUAUGCUAUGGUGCUGUUAUUGCUUGUAUUCUUCUUGGAGGACAAAGUCUUAAAUUCAUUUACUUGCUUUACAAUCCAAGUGGGAAAAUGCAGCUGUACCAGUUUAUAACUAUCUUUGGAACCGUACCACUAUUCUUGGCACAGAUACCAUCCUUUCAUUCGCUAAGACAUAUCAACCUUGCCUCUCUACUCCUUGUUCUUGCUUACAGCGCAUGCGUCGUUGCUGGUUCGAUACACAUAGGUAAUUCCAGGAAUGCACCUAACAAGGACUAUUCAAUAAAGGGAUCAAAAGAAAACCGCAUUCUUGGUGCCAUCAAUGGUAUUUCAAUCAUCGCCACCACCUAUGGUUGUGGAAUUAUCCCAGAAAUACAGGCAACUAUAGCUCCCCCAGUGAAGGGGAAGAUGUUCAAAGGUUUAUGUGUGUGCUUUGGUGUGAUAGUUAGCACAUAUUUCAGUGUGGCAAUCUCUGGGUAUUGGGCAUUUGGCAAUCAAUCUCAACCAUCAAUUCUUUCAAAUUUUAUGGAUGAAAACAGGCCAUUGCUGCCCUCUUGGUUUCUAUUGCUCACCAACAUCUUCACUCUUAUGCAACUGGUUACAAUCACUGUGAUUUACUUGCAACCCACAAAUGAAGUAUUUGAAAAAUGGUUUGCAAACCCAAAGAUGGAUCAGUUCUCUGCACGUAACGUGAUGCCAAGAUUGGUUUUAAGAUCACUGUCAGUGAUAAUUGGCACUACAUUUGCUGCAAUGUUCCCUUUCUUUGGUGAUAUUAUGGCAUUGUUUGGAGCAUUUGGAGUUAUCCCUCUAGACUUUAUUUUGCCCAUGGUUCUAUAUAAUCUCACUUUCAAGCCAUCAAGACAGAGCAUCGUAUUCUGGGCAAACACAUUGAUAGCAGUAGCAUCAUCAGCAUUAGUGGCAAUGGGAGCUUUAGCUUCAGUUAGACAGAUAAUUCUUGAUGCCAAGACAUAUAAUUUGUUUGCUAACGUGUAACAAUAGUAGAUAAUAAACUAGCCACAUUACCUGCUACUACACCUUAUAUUGCUAAAAAACAAGAGGAUCAAUCUUGAAAUUCCAAAUGUAUUUUUGAUAUGAUGUGUAACGUGAUGCCAAGUCCUUGCUUCUUGGCUGCUAUUUAUGGUUAGUCCUAGUAUUUUGACCUUA